AUGAAUACUUGGUGUGUUUAUAUCCUCAUUUAUAUAUUACUAUUAUUAUUAUUUUGUCUUGCUUAUUUUAGUGCUGCUAGUGCCUUUGCAAGUGCUUGUGAAUAUUUGAUAAAACGUCGUACUGGUUCAUAUGUUCAACUCUCAAGACUUUUCAUUCAUUUCAAUGCACAGGUAAUUGAUCAAAGGACUCAUACAGUAGAAGAUGCUGGAGCAACUAGAAAGAAUGUUAUAGUAGGCAUGCGUAAAUUUGGUGUUUGUAAAGAAGAAUAUUGGCCAUAUGAUAGACGUUUAUUAAAUAAAAAACCAUCACCUGACGCGUACGAAGCCGCAAGACGGUUUAGUAUUGUUUCAAUUCGACUUCCAUUCCAGAUUAAUGCAAUGAGGACAUACUUAGCAAAUAAAAUACCUGUUGUCGUUGCUGCUAAAAUUAAAUAUGAAAUCAAUGGUGAAGUAAAUGCCAAUGGUGGAUAUAUACCGAUUCCUGAUCCAGAUGAUGAAGAAAUAUCGUAUCUAGGUUCACAUGCUGUUCUUCUUGUUGGAUAUGAUGAUGAUUCUGAAUAUUUUAUUGCACGUAAUUCAUGGGGACGUGAUUGGGGUUAUUAUGGAUAUUGUUUUCUUCCAUAUCAAUAUUUGUUAGAUGAACGUCUUGUCAAUUAUCCUGAUUAUGCGUAUGCUAUUACUCAUGUUGUUGCCCGUAUGGAUUUUUUACCACCAAUGCGAAGCUUAGGUGUUACAAGUUAUCCUGUGGAUGGACAACGUCGACGAGCUCGUAAUAGAGCACGAUCGAAGAGUAGAGCAACACAUGCAGUUUCCAAAUACAAAUAA